CAAUUGUGUAGUAAAAACAAUGGGAUCAAUAACGAAAUCCAUGCUGAUCAGCUUAAGUCUCAGCUUUUGUCUGCUGCUGCUGCAAUCCCAAUCUUCUCAUGGAAUGCGCUUGCGUGGGAAGCAGCUGCCGGGCGAGUUGGCCAAGGCUAGUCGUCCUUCCUCGAGGUUAAUCCAGGGUCGCAUUGCGGGUGGACAGCAGGCCAAAGAGGGCGCUUGGCCUUGGAUUGUCUCUAUACAGAAUCAGUUCGAAUUUCCCUUUUGCAGUGGGGUGAUCAUCGGUGAUGUUUGGAUUUUGACUGCAGCCAGUUGUGUUGCGGGCUUGCGUGCUCGUAAUUUAGUAAUAGUCGCUGGCACCGUAUCCACUUGGAAUAUUACCGCUCCGGGUUACUAUACGGAUCGGAUUCAUAUCCAUUGCAAUUUUGAUAAGCCCCUUUAUCACAACGAUAUUGCACUGUUGCAUUUAACUGAGAAGAUUGAGUAUAAUUCAGUGGUAGCAAAGAUUACGCUGGCGGAAAUCGAUGAGCUGCAACAGAACGAAGCUUUGACCUUUGCUGGCUGGGGCAUGGAAUCAACAGAAGGUUCUGUCUCGCAGUACUUGCAGCAAUCGGAUGGCAGCUACCUUAAUGUGGAUGACUGUCGCAAGACGCUGGGCGACACUGAGGAUGUCGAUCUGGGUCAUGUCUGUGUGCAAAUGAAGUCCGGCAAGGGUGUCUGUUACGGUGAUGCCGGUGGACCUCUAAUCAAUGAUCGACAGCAACUGGUGGGCAUCGGCAAUUGGGGUAUUCCCUGCGCCCGAGGUUUUCCCGAUGUCUAUAGUCGAGUGGCCUUCUACAACGAUUGGAUACGCAGCACCAUUGAGGGCUGUGGCAUUGCCUAAACUAUAGCCAUAUAAAUAUAUAUACACUCAGCGAAAGGCGCCCACUCUUUUCUUUGUUCUUAAAAACUCAAAAUUGAAAUUAAAUAAAAAUGAUUCAUGCUUUUAAAA